CUUAAAACUCGAGACACAUCACCUGUGUGUGUCGAAGAACAUUUACUCCAGGACGACGAGCAACGAUGACUCUCAAGACUAUUUACAUUGCUAGACACGGGUACAGAUCUAACUGGUUACCCCCACCGCAUCCUAAGCCUGUGACAGGUAUCGAUGGUGAUCCGCCGCUAGCGGAGCAUGGGUUAGAACAGGCACAGGAGUUGGCCCAUUACAUUCUAUCGAUUCAACCACAGCCUUCGAUGAUCUUUUCGUCGCCGUUUUACCGGUGCUUACAAACAGCGACGCCAAUUGCGCAGCUGUUGGACUGUGAUAUCGUAUUGGAAAACGGUAUCGGUGAAUGGUAUAAGCCAGAUAGACCAACCAUUCCAAAGCCUGCUGAUUGCCAGAUAUUGUCCCAAUGGUUCCCCAAUCUGAAGGACACGUGGUCCCCUGUUCAUUAUCCAUCUACAGACGGUGAGAACGAAGAGCAGAUUAUGAACCGUUGUAAGGUGUUCUUAUCAAAGUUCAUCCCAACGUUCGAGGAGAAGUAUCCUGAAAUCGAAACCGUUCUGUUUGUUACCCAUGCUGCUACAAAGAUUGCCUUGGGUAUGUCACUCUUGGGAUUCUCAAACGUUCGUGAAACCAUUGACGAUGAGGAUACAAGGUUAAGAGCCGGAUCUUGUAGUUUGGAUGAGUACCAGCUGGAUAAGGAAGGGAAGUGGGAAAUUGUCAUGAAUGGCAAUUGUGAAUUCCUCACUGAAGGAGAGGAGAUGCAUUGGGACUUUCUCAAUGCACAUGAAGCUGGCUCUGAUGCUGAUAUAAAGGCAAGAGAUAAGAGGAACAGCAAGAAGGCAGAAGGAGACGAAGAGGAGUACGAAGACGUUUAUGUCACUUUAGAUGUCCCAUCGAACAAUUUCAAUACAUCCACGAUCCCUCCAACAGCAAAGCUACAAGUCUCAGGAUUACAUACAGAGACUCCUCUGUUCAUGGUCAACAACGACGUUUAUCAAGGUGAUUGGAAGAACUUAGUUGGCACUGAAGUGGCAUUCACUGAGGAUAUGGAAGAGAAGUACAAAGUCAGUGAUAGGAUUCAAUUACACGACGUUAACCCGUCAUAGAUAGGUUAUAAUAGUAAUGAUUUGAUCUGCGUAAUGGACAUUG